ACACUGGAUUCUUCACGAUAACAUAACGAAUUAUAACCAGUUAUUCGGAUUUUCUGAAUGGUACGAGUACAAAACUGUCGGUGGGUUUCCAUGGCAGGCGCGGUGGCCAAGUGGUAAGGCGUCGGUCUCGUAAACCGAAGAUCGCGGGUUCGAACCCCGUCCGUGCCUGUUGAUACGUUGGUAAUGGAUUCAGCCUUUUGGGUGCCUUGCAUGCCGAUAAAAUUAUUCAUUUAUUAUCUCAAGUGUUCAAAUACAUCAGAACAUAAAGAGUUAUUCAUAUUUCAUGGCUGCAUGGGCGCUAUGACCCGGCGGAGGAGUGCAGCUGCAGCCGGAAGCAACAUGGCGGACCUAAACAAGGCAGCGCGCGAGGAUUUCUACAACGAAGUUCUCAGUCCCUCGGAGCUGUUUGCAGCCCGAUCCCGCAGUCGGAAGAUCCCGGUCCGAGGACAGAAGGACUUCUUCCCGGAUGACUCCGACGAGCAGAGGCAGCGGCUGCAGCAGAGUCUGGAUGAACACUGGAGCCUCAUUUCUGAGGAGAGGGUGGAGCGUCUAGGAAACCUGGUGAAAGGUGUGUGGAUGCCCCGCCGGCGGCUGGUGGAGCUGCAGUCUCCUGCUGGGAAGUUCUGGCAGACGAUGGGCUUCUCUGCAGACGGACGGCAGUACCUGCUCCCUGAAGAGGCGCUGUACCUGAUGGAGUGUGGGAGCGUGCAGAUCUUCCACGAGGACCUGCCCAUCUCCAUCCAGGACGGGUACGAGAUGUUCCUGUCUGCGGACGCCGUGACGCUGCAGCAGUUUCAGGUGUUUGGGCAUCUGAAGAGGCUCGGCUACGUGGUGCACAGGUUUGAUCCCAGCGCCGAGCCGUCACCGUACGCCCGGCAGCUGAACCUCCCUCUGUCCCGGGGCAGAGCAGGACGGGCGCUGAAGAGGAGGCGGAGCUCCAGCCCCACGCAGACCUGCAGCAGCGAGCACGCUCAGGAGGAGGACAUGGAGGAGGAGCAGGUCAGCUCCGAGCGCCAGCCAGCGCCGGCGGAGGAGAACGACCCCGGGACCUCUGCAGGCGAGGGCAGGUCGUGGUGGACGUCUGAGCAGCACGUGGAUCCAAAACAGACUCACAGCUCCGCCCCCUCGCGCUGGGACUUCAGCGGGAUCGCUUUCCCGGACCUGGGCUCCGGGGAGGGCCUCGUGGCGCCGCCGGACCCCGCCCUGCUGCCCGGAGGCCUGAGCGUGGGCGUGUGUGACGUGGCGUCCUGGAGGCAGAAGGUCAACCUGCGGAGGGUCAGAGAGUCUGCGCGGGAGCAGAGGAGGGAGGAGCUCCAGUCCAGGCGCAUGCAGGAGUGGAGCAGGGAGGUUCAGCGGUGCAGAAACUGGGUGGAGUAUCAGGAGCUCCUGGAGAGGCGAGGGGCGGAGCAUCAGGGCCGACCGGCUCACCUGUGGAGCGGCGAGGUCACGCCCUUACAUGACCCGGCCCAGCCCGUCACCACAGCGGAGCUGCUGGAGAAGAUCCGGGUCAUCAAACCGUCUCACCUGCUGGACGGAGCGUCCAGGUUAAGCGGUUCUGACCCAUGGAGGAUCAGCUUCAACGUUUACCAGCCAGACUCGGCGGCUGAUUUCAAGAAGAGCAAACCGGGCAGGCCGUACGCGCGCAUGUGCGUGUGCAGCUUCCACGGCCCGGUGCCGGACCUGCGGGUCAUCAAGCAGCUGGCCUCCCAGAGCGGAGACGUCCCCGUCGUCUUCGCCGUGGUGGACUACGGAGACAUCUCCUUUUACACCUUCAAGGACUUCCAGCUGCCCCAGGACGUUCACCCCUGACUCACCUGUGUGCAGGAGGCGGCUGGUUGGUUGAUGAAGCUCAAAGCGCUGAUUCGAAGGUGGAAAUAAACUCUGUUUGCACUGGAACUAUAUUUAUUUGUCUAUUGAGCGAACAGACAUUUGUCACAUCCAUCAUGUUUGUAUUACACCCUGUAAGAAAAUAAAGGAAAUGUUUACAUUCGGGUUUGGAUUUAAGCAAAUAAAGAGUGAAUUUACUCUGGUA